AUGGACGCGCGGUUCGGGUCCGUGGACGAGUGCCUGGGGCAGAUUGGCGUCCUCGCGAGGGACCAGCACGGGUGCCGGUUUCUUCAGCGGAAAUUCGACGACGAGGGCGAAGACGCGGUGAACAAGUGCUACGACGAGAUCAUCGCGGAGGUUGUCGACCUCAUGAUGGACCCGUUCGGUAAUUACCUCGUGCAGAAGCUUCUGGAGUGCUGCAACGACGAGCAGCGGACGGGGAUCUUAAAAGCCGGCGACGGCGUCCCCGAGCUCGUGUCCGUCGCGUUGAACACGCACGGCACGCGAGCGGUGCAAAAACUCGUCGAGACGCUUCGAACGCCGGAGCACAUCCGACUCGCGACGGAGGCGCUCAAACCCGGCGUCGUGACCCUGAUCAAGGACUUGAACGGGAACCACGUCAUACAGCGGUGUCUCCAGCGGCUCGAGGCGGAGGAUAACCAGUUUGUGUACGACGCCGCGAAGGCGUGCAGCGUCGAGAUCGCGACGCACCGGCACGGGUGUUGCGUGUUGCAGCGGUGCGUCGAUCACGCCGCGGACUCGCAGCGUCGCGCGCUCGUCAACGAGAUCGCCGCGCAGGCGCUGGUGUUAUCCCAAGAUCCGUUCGGGAACUACGUCGUGCAGUACAUCCUCGACCUGGGGUUGCCGUGGGCGAACGCCGAGGUUAUGGUGCGCCUCGGCGGCGCGUACGCCGAGCUCUCGAUGCAAAAGUUUUCCUCCAACGUCGUCGAGAAGUGCCUCAAGCUCGCGGGGCAAGAGCUCGAGGAGCACCGCAACGUCGUCGUGAGGGAGAUCAUGUCCUCACCGCUGCUGGAUCGACUCUUGAUGGACCCGUACGGGAACUACGUCGUUCAGAGCACGUUGACGGUGACGAAGGGAUCCCUCCACGCGGAGCUCGUGGAGCGCAUUCGCCCGCACUUGCCGCUCAUCAAGAACUCCCCGUUCGGGAAGCGCAUCUUGCGGUUGCUGCUGGAGAGCAAGAAGAAUUAG